GUGUAUCUAUAUAUAUAUAUAUAUAUAUAUCUAUGCAAUCGGUAGGCUAUUCGUUUGCAUUGAAGUUAUCAACCUAAGCAUCAUCGUCAAUAGGCUUCGGUUUGGAGAGCGAUGCGCAGAACCUAGGAUCAAUCAAUGUGCAUGCCUCCGAUAAGUUGUUACACGUGUUGCAAAGUGCAAAGUUCUCUCAGUAGCCUAUACUGGGCUACCUCAACAUUGCGGUUCUUCUUCAUAGGCCAAUCAGAUAUGAGUUGUGAUUGGCGCUAAAGGGCACACCACUCUCUUAUUCUCUCUAUAUAUUUUUUUUUUUUAGACUUUUAUAUUUCAUUAACCCAUUUUAGUAUUUUACAAGAUGUCGUGUCUUUUGCUUGGACUUAUCAGAAGGUGAGUAUCUAACGUUUUGCAAUUUGAAACUCAACUCAUACUUAACAAAACUAUAAACGCAACAAUUUCAACGAUUUUACUGAGUACCAGUUUAUAUAUGAGGAAAUCAGUCAAUACAUUCAUUAGGCCCUAAUCUAUGGAUUUCUAAUAAUUGGGAAUACAUAUAUGCAUCUGUUGGUCACAGAUACCUUUUAAAAAAUGGGCCUCAGGAUCUCUUCACGGUAUUUCUGGUGGACAUUCCUGCAGUCAGCAUGCCAAUUGCACACUCCCUAAAAACUUGAGACAUCUGUGGCAUUGUGUUGUGUGACAAAACUGCACAUUUUAGAGUGGCCUUUUAUGGUCCCCAGCACAAGGUGCACAUGUGUAAUGAUCAUGCUGUUUAAUCAACUUCUUUAUGCCACACCUGUCAGGUGGAUGGAUUAUCUUGGCAAAGGAAAAAUGCUCACUAAAAGGGAUGUAAACAAAUUUGUGCACAAAAUUUGAGAGAAAUAUGCUUUUUGUGUGUAUGGGAAAUUUCUGGGAUAUUUUAUUUCAGCUCAUGAAACAUGGGACCAACGCUUUACAUGUUGCGUUUUAUAUUUUUGUUCAGUGGAUUUCCUUAUUGACCAACCAUCAUGGCACAGUAUAGUGUAGCCUACUCUCAGCAACAUUAUGUUCUGUCAAUUUUAGCAACUGCACUAGGCAACUCAUGCAAUGGUAGCCUAAUGAUUGUAUUAAAUGAGUUGUCAUGAAUUAGUAAUAUCACUAUCGUGGAUAGGAUACUUUUACCAGUUGUUAUUGCUAUCUCACCCAAGAGACUGUGUGUCUGUUGGCAGCAAACCUUAUGAUAGGGUAUAUGUUUAUGACUGUAAACUCGGGGAAUAAACACACCCUGGAAUAUCAAGAGAUGCAUUGUAACCAAAUAUCAUUGAUACAUAAACGACAGAUUAAAUGUCCACAAACUAAGGAUUAAAUGUCCCCAUUGUAGAAUGGAAUGUCCUAUUGAAGAAUUUGCAAAGCACUGAAAUUAGCCGUUCAUCAUCUACAACUUGAUUGUCAGUUGUGAAAUUGUCACAGACAUACAGCACAAACAGACAGCUCUGGUUGCACAAAUCUGAACAACCAUAUUUCAAAAGCUGUUUGCCUCUGAGAUAGAAAAUGACGGAAAUAAUUUCAAGAUCCUAUUACAACAAGUGAUAGAUAGCACUGCCCGAAGAGACGUGCUCAGAUGUCCCUGAUUUGAAUCUCUUGCGUUCCCCUUCACAACUCUUUCUCUAGGCUUUGGUGACGUAGCACAGAGACUUAAAAAGUCAAUGUGAGUAGUCUUGAGUGCAUCUUGUCUUUCUUUUCAGAGUGAACUGCAUGACACUGUCUUGACAGUCUUAGACACUGGAGAGGAUAUAUGUCCGCGUGUCUAUGCGUGUGUGUAUUGAUACAGAAUCACAGUGCAUUAUGUUUAAAGGUUGUCCUGCGAGUGCACUGUCAGGAUUCGUGUAGCUGCGUAAUUGACAUAGGAGUUUUAAUGACUUACUUCUGCAUGUAUAUGCAUGAUGAAUUAAUGUAUAUGUAGUGUGCAUGCGCUACAUGCAUUUCUGCUCAGUUCCUGAAAAUUCCCUAUGGACCAAGCUAAUUAACAUUCAAUUUUGGGGGAGUGUGGAUGUGACUGUGUGUGGCGCGUGGUGAUUGGUCGACAUUUUUUUUUCCUGAUGUAAAUGAGACUAUGCAAAAUAGGCCACAGGGGUUGAGAAAUGAUACAUUGUCAUGGUUAUAAUAAUAAUAAUAAUAAUAAUAAUAUGCCAUUUAGCAGACGCUUUUAUCCAAAGCGACUUACAGUCAUGCGUGCAUAUAUUUUUUGUGUAUGGGUGGUCCCGGGGAUCGAACCCACUACCCUGGCGUUACAAGCGCGAUGCUCUACCAAUUGAGCUACAGUGUUAUCGUUGUUUCUCAUGUUUUUAUCUCUCCCUGACUAAGUCAGGAUAAUAGGAGAAUAGCCUAUUCCUUGUUUUAAAUUCAGUUUUACAGAAAUGUCUUUGGGCACCUCACAAUGUGAAAGCAGGGUGACCUCGUAAUUAAAUAUAGCUUAUGUUUGGUGAGCUACAUUGCAAAAUUACAGGCAGAUUUGUACUUAAGUUUAACUGGGCUGCUAUGGUACUUGUAGUGGGAGCUGGGAUUUUGCCAUACCCUUAAAUGGAAACAUGUAGAGCUUAUACAAUGCAUAUGAGCACAUGUUAUAUGUUGAGCACAUUCUCUCUCUCUCUCUCUCUCUCUUAGAUAUAUAUAUAUAUAUAAUAUUGUGCAGCACUUGUAUAGUUUAGAUGUAUGCAUGACAGGACAAAAGUUCCUGCAGUAUGAUCAAUAGAUUAUCAGUGAAGUCUGCUUGAAGGGACCUGAGCAUGGCAUUCUACACAGAGGAAAAGGUGGAAAGCCCAACCUUUCUCCUCUCCUGGUUCAUUUUCUGUCUGCUUGCUCUCUCCCAGUCUGAAGUUUCUCCACACACGUCUGGUCGACUGCAUGCAGAAAUGUCACUUAAAAUAGAUUUCAUAAACUGGAGAAGAUUUUAAGAUGACUUCUCAUCACAUAAAUGGUUAAACAGUGUUUAAAUAAUACUUGUUCCCUGUGAUGUUGGGCAAGAAUUGUUCUUGGAAAAAUGCCAUCUUCCCAUCAACAACAUUUUUAUCUUCUGUUUGCACCUAGGGCACUGGGUGACCUUUAACCCUUCCUUUAGAAAUGGUUGUUAUUGUGUAAACGUGAAGUUUAAUGACACCAACGAUGCAGCCAAUUGGAACGGACUGUGUGCCAGCACUUUUACCAGGACCCAACUUUCACCUAGUAGAAAAAUGUGAUUUGAAUUUCAAGCCAAAUAUUCAAUUGACCUAGCCACGAGUUGGAAUGUGAGUUCAAUUAUAAUGCAGCACCUAGAGGCAAAGAGAUAGCCCAAACCAGUUCCAGAGGUUCCUAGACAUGUCAAUACAAUUAGUUUAAAAAGUUCAAUUGAAGAGUGCAUCUGAGAACUCAUACAAUCAUCCACAGCCUUUUUUUAGUUUUUUGUAAAACCAUGGACCAUCGUGCCUGAUUUUUCUAGUCAGUUCGCUCACACAUGUUGUAACUGAUUGUGUUCUGCCCUUGUUUAUGAACACUGUGGUGUUAACAAACAAAAGAAAGCCCCCCCUAUGUGCCCCUGCCAUUAUAAAGAGCUCUGAGCUGAAGUCUCAGGUUACAGUGCCCUGGCCACAGUUUGCAUUAGAUCGGCCACUUCCUGCCACUUACUGACUUACGUACUGACUUCGCCUGAGGGAGAGCAGCAUAACCAAACCGCUUGGGAAGAUGUCUGCUCUGUCAAUGGCCUUUCCUCAUGAAAGUCAUUUGAGUUUUUGAAGGUAUGGGAUACAGUGGGGGAAAAAAGUAUUUAGUCAGCCACCAAUUGUGCAAGUUCUCCCACUUAAAAAGAUGAGAGAGGCCUGUAAUUUUCAUCAUAGGUACAAGUCAACUAUGACAGACAAAUUGAGAAAAAAAAAUCCAGAAAAUCACAUUGUAGGAUUUUUUAUGAAUUUAUUUGCAAAUUAUGGUGGAAAAUAAGUAUUUGGUCACCUAGAAACAAGCAAGAUUUCUGGCUCUCACAGACCUGUAACUUCUUCUUUAAGAGGCUCCUAUGUCCUCCACUCGUUACCUGUAUUAAUGGCACCUGUUUGAACUUGUUAUCAGUAUAAAAGACACCUGUCCACAACCUCAAACAGUCACACUCCAAACUCCACUAUGGCCAAGACCAAAGAGCUGUCAAAGGACACCAGAAACCAAAUUGUAGACCUGCACCAGGCUGGGAAGACUGAAUCUGCAAUAGGUAAGCAGCUUGGUUUGAAGAAAUCAACUGUGGGAGCAAUUAUUAGGAAAUGGAAGACAUACAAGACCACUGAUAAUCUCCCUCGAUCUGGGGCUCCACGCAAGAUCUCACCCCGUGGGGUCAAAAUGAUCACAAGAACGGUGAGCAAAAAUCCCAGAACCACACGGGGGACCUAGUGAAUGACCUGCAGAGAGCUGGGACCAAAGUAACAAAGCCUACCAUCAGUAACACACUACGCCGCCAGGGACUCAAAUCCUGCAGUGCAAGACGUGUCCCCCUGCUUAAGCCAGUACAUGUCCAGGCCCGUCUGAAGUUUGCUAGAGUGCAUUUGGAUGAUCCAGAAGAGGAUUGGGAGAAUGUCAUACGGUCAGAUGAAACCAAAAUAUAACUUUUUGGUAAAAACUCAACUCGUCGUGUUUGGAGGACAAAGAAUGCUGAGUUGCAUCCAAAGAACACCAUACCUACUGUGAAGCAUGGGGGUGGAAACAUCAUGCUUUGGGGCUGUUUUUCUGCAAAGGGACCAGGACGACUGAUCCGUGUAAAGGAAAGAAUGAAUGGGGCCAUGUAUCGUGAGAUUUUGAGUGAAAACCUCCUUCCAUCAGCAAGGGCAUUGAAGAUUAAACGUGGCUGGGUCUUUCAGCAUGACAAUGAUCCCAAACACACCGCCCGGGCAACGAAGGAGUGGCUUCGUAAGAAGCAUUUCAAGGUCCUGGAGUGGCCUAGCCAGUCUCCAGAUCUCAACCCCAUAGAAAAUCUUUGGAGGGAGUUGAAAGUCCGUGUUGCCCAGCGACAGCCCCAAAACAUCACUGCUCUAGAGGAGAUCUGCAUGGAGGAAUGGGCCAAAAUACCAGCAACAGUGUGUGAAAACCUUGUGAAGACUUACAGAAAACGUUUGACCUGUGUCAUUGCCAACAAAGGGUAUAUAACAAAGUAUUGACAAAACUUUUGUUAUUGACCAAAUACUUAUUUUCCACCAUAAUUUGCAAAUAAAUUCAUUAAAAAUCCUACAAUGUGAUUUUCUGGAUUUUUUUUUCUCAUUUUGUCUGUCAUAGUUGACGUGUACCUAUGAUGAAAAUUACAGGCGUCUCUCAUCUUUUUAAGUGGGAGAACUUGCACAAUUGGUGGCUGACCAAAUACUUUUUUCCCCCACUGUAUGUCUCACAGACGAUUUUAAGUAAUGGUGAACAUGUGUGGAUAUUAUUUGUUUCUAACCCAUGCACCUGAUAAUGAAAGGCUCUUCUAGAAUAUGUUCAGAAGUAACACAUUCACAGUGCUUGCCUUUGUUUAGGGAAACCCCAAAAAGUGUGUGAUCUGAGAAGUGACACUACAUUAGUAUAUUACCCCUAUGUAUUAUUGAUGUGUGGAUUGCUCACUAGCACUAAUAGUAGGAUUAUAGUGACACAUUUUCCUGUAAUCCGCUCUCAAUAGAAUUGCAUCCCUGAAACCAUACUGAAGAGGUUGAUUAUGCAUCUUGCUACCCAGUAUUUCAAUGUUGUUUGUAUUGUUGCCUAUUUUGACACCAGAUUUAAAUUUGGUAUCCAUUUGGGGCAUGUUUUUUUUGAUAACUGCAAGUUGCUAAAUGAUCAUAGUAUGGCUUCUUUUACAGCUGAUAUCAGCCAGCAACCUAGUAUCAUGUAUAUUAUGGUACGGUAUGUUUGAAUACAGUUCCCCUUCCUGUCGGCCUCCGUAACACACCCACUGUUACCUCCCUGUGUCUUGGUACAGACGGGGUGGAGUCGGGGCGUCCGUGGGGGUCCGCUCCCUAGCCUCGAUCCCCUCCCUGCCCCCAGCGGUGGCUGACUUUGUGAAGGGGGCGGUGGAUGAGUGCAAGCCUGCCAAUGUGCAUGUGGUGACGGGGAGCGCAGAGGAGUCGGCUCACAUCCUAGCUGGCUUGGAGAAAGACGGCAUGGUGAAGAGGCUACCCAAGUAUGAGAACUGGUGAGUGUUGCUGUGAUCCCCUACAUACUCUAACACCGCUCAACAGCAGGGGAACUGGUAGGAAUCUGGCUCUGUAUGUCACGAAGCAGGUUAAGUAAGCUAACGAGCUAAGGUAAUGUAGAGCAGAAUAGAAUACAUUAACUUCGAUUUUCUGGUUAGUAAAGAAUGCUUACGUUCAAUAUACAUUAUUGAGAGUACUAAGUCUGUCAAACUAAGUAAUCUGGCUGACUCAGUUAGAUUAAUCUACAACAAUAUCUGUCUUUUGAGUCACUUUUUCCACUGUGGCCCUGGAGCUCAUCAAAAGCCUAUUAUUCUCACUCUACCAUAAAGAAUGAUAAGAGAAUGAAUAGUCUGUUUAUGGCCUUUAUCUCUGUGCAGCUGGCUGGCACGUACAGACCCCAAGGACGUGGCUCGGGUGGAGAGUAAGACUGUUAUCGUCACCAAGAACCAGAGGGACACCAUCCCUGUCCCUAAUGGGGGGGCUAAGAGCCAGCUGGGCAGCUGGAUGAGCGAGGGUGACUUCCAGAAGGCCAGACAGGACCGCUUCCCAGGCUGCAUGGCAGGUACUGGACUGUACACAACAUUCCUCUACUCCUGGCCUCUCUGGAGGUUUACCCCAUCAGCGGUCUACAGUAUAUGAAUUGUCUGUAAUGGAGUGUCAGUCUUCAGUCAAAUUGGGUUCAUCCCUUUUUUUAAAUGGCUAUUUUUGCCUACCAGAAAACCGGGCCUAAACCUCCAAAAUAACUAGCUAUGUUGACAGUGGCAAGUGUCAUAAUCGACUAUCAAUGUUGAAUCCAGUGUUAUAGUGUCAAACUACUGAAGUCUAAUUUUAACUAAUUAGACCGUGAAAGGGCCAGAAGUCAUUAAAAGAUCAAAUGGUCGAGUUCAGGAUUAAAAUGUAGGGUUAAAUAAUUAUCUGAAAAGGGUCACAUUUUAUUGAGACACCAAUUAUUUUAAUCAGCUAACUGAGACUUGUCUCUAAUGGAAAAUGAUGUCUCAUUCUUCCUCAGGUCGAACAAUGUAUGUGAUCCCCUUUAGCAUGGGCCCGGUGGGCUCUCCACUAUCUAAGUUUGGUGUGCAGGUGACAGACUCGCCCUACGUGGUGGCGAGCAUGGGCAUCAUGACGCGCAUGGGUACCCCAGUCAUGGACAAGCUGGCGCAGGGAGCAGAGUUUGUGCGCUGCCAGCACUCCCUCGGGCGACCCUUCCCACUGAAAGGUACCACUUCACAGAGGCCCUCUCUCUAUCUACUGUUAUGUAUCACAUCCCCUACAUAACCAUACACAUCCAGCUUUAUGCCAUACAUGACAUUCAACCACCAUGUUGCCUCACUUCAUUUCAUCUCUCUCCACUUACUCUCCUCUAAUUCCAUCCCCUGCUUCCAUAUUCAUCCCUCCAUCCCCAUCUUCCUCCCAUGGUCCCCACCUCCCCCACCCCAGCUCCCCUGGUCAACUCUUGGCCGUGUAACCCAGAGAAGGUGCUGAUCUCCCACCUGCCAGACACCAGGCAGAUCCUGUCGUUCGGCAGUGGCUACGGAGGCAACUCCCUGCUGGGGAAGAAGUGCUUCGCCCUGAGGAUCGCCUCGCGCAUCGCCAAGGACGAGGGCUGGCUGGCCGAACACAUGCUGGUGAGAAAAGGGACCCGAUAGGGGUGCACUGACAUAACUGUAUUCCCUUUUUAGGAGCAGUUCGUACAAAAAUACUGUAUCUUAGGCAGGAAGAGUAGACAGGAUGCCCGUAGGACAAAAGGAAUAUCAGGAGAUGGGUUGCCAGAUUCAGGGUUGCCAGAUUCAGAUCCUAGAAUUUGCGACACAGUCAGUGCCUCAUACGGUAGCAGUGAGUAGUUAGUUAGUCCCUUGUGAUGUUCCUACAUUAUGGGAGAAACUACUCAGUCAAUGCAACACCCACCCUCUCUUUCUCCUUCGCUGUCUUUUCUGUCACUCCUCCCCAACCAGAUCCUGGGCAUCACCAAUCCUCAGGGAGUGAAACGCUACGUGGCGGCAGCGUUUCCCAGUGCCUGUGGGAAAACUAACCUGGCCAUGAUGAAGCCUGCGCUGCCUGGCUGGACUGUGGAGUGUGUAGGAGACGACAUCGCCUGGAUGAAGUUCGACAGUCAGGGUGAGGGAUACACACUCAACACACACUGGGACUUGAAGCUUUUGGGGAGUCAAGCCUGACUAGUAAAGGCUCAAACAGUAACAUACUGGUAAAGACUCAAACAGUAACAUACUGGUAAAGACUCAAACAGUAACAUACUGGUAAAGGCUCAAACAGUAACAUACUGGUAAAGGCUCAAACAGUAACAUACUGGUAAAGACUCAAACAGUAACAUACUGGUAAAGACUCAAACAGUAACAUAAUAGAGCUUUGAAUUUACUGUCAGGCUAUUCAUUUCAUGGUCAGACAUUUUGUACAACCCAUUAAAACUAUAACCAGCAACUCCCUCCUGUUUUAGAGGUCAUUGUGCUUCCUUCAGGAAACAAAUCCAUACAUGCAUCUCUGUCACUCACAUUGUCCUUGUCACUUUGUUCGCAGGUAAACUCAGGGCCAUCAACCCAGAGAAUGGCUUUUUCGGCGUGGCUCCCGGCACGUCCCUGAAGACCAACCCUCAUGCUAUGGCGACCAUCGCCAAAAACACUGUGUUCACCAACGUGGGCGAGACCAGCGACGGAGGGGUAUGGUGGGAGGGACUGGACCCUCCUGCCGCAGGGGUCUCCCUGACCGACUGGCACGGCAAAUCCUGGAAAGCAGGUAGCGUUGUCUCACUGUAGUGCAGGUUUCCAACCUGUGCUUGGUCCUGUGGUUGGUCCUGUGCUUGGUCCUGUGGUUGGUCCUGUGGUUGGUCCUGUGCUUGGUCCUGUGCUUGGUCCUGUGGUUGGUCCUGUGCUUGGUCCUGUGGUUGGUCCUGUGGUUGGUCCUGUGCUUGGUCCUGUGCUUGGUCCUGUGCUUGGUCCUGUGCUUGGUCCUGUGCUUGGUCCUGUGCUUGGUCCUGUGCUUGGUCCUGUGGUUGGUCCUGUGGUUGGUCCUGUGGUUGGUCCUGUGGUUGGUCCUGUGCUUGGUCCUGUGCUUGGUCCUGUGGUUGGUCCUGUGGUUGGUCCUGUGCUUGGUCCUGUGGUUGGUCCUGUGCUUGGUCCUGUGCUUGGUCCUGUGCUUGGUCCUGUGCUUGGUCCUGUGGUUGGUCCUGUGGUUGGUCCUGUGGUUGGUCCUGUGGUUGGUCCUGUGGUUGGUCCGCGGGGGUACUGCAGGUGGUCUAGGAUAUAUAUUUUAUUUUUUAUACAAAUAAAAUAUUGAUCUUUAUUUGUAAAUAACAGUUGGGAGUAUUAAUGGUAUUAUAAGCAAUUUUACAUUACUUUUCACAAUGCAAAUUGAUAAUAAUAAUAAUAAUAAUAAGCCUUUUUAAGCAGGAAUCUUUCAUUUAAACAAUGUUUUAGUAAAAACCUGAGUGAUGAACCUGGAGAAAUGUAACCGCUCUGAAAUUCAAAGCGAGAGCUAUGUAUGCAAGGACUGACCAUCAAUUAUAUUACUCCUGAGUGGCGCAGUGGUCUAAGGCACUGCAUCGCAGUGCUAACUGUGCCACUAGAGAUCCUGGUUCGAAUCCAGGCUCUGUCGCCGCCGGCCGUGACCGGGAGACUCAUGGGCGGCGCACAAUUGGCCCAGCGUCGUCCAGGGUAGGGGAGGGAAUGGCCGGCAGGGAUGUAGCUCAGUUGAUAGAGCAUGGCGUUUGCAACGCCAGGGUUGUGGGUUCGAUUCCCACGGGGGGCCAGUAUAAAAAAAAUAUGUAUUCACUAACUGUAAGUCGCUCUGGAUAAGAGCGUCUGCUAAAUGACUAAAAUGUAAAAAUGUAAAUGUAAUAUCAAAAUGAUAGUUUUAACCAUGUGUUGAGGCUAUACAGUGUUUGUUUACAUUUACUUUGUUUCCAAACAUUGGACAAGGUUAUACUGUAUUUUGGGUUCUGAUACUCCCAGUCGGUAUUAGAUAGAAUGUCGCGGCCCUGCCCCGCCUGUGAGGAAAACAACCUGUGGUUACCUAGGUUACCCCAUUGGCUCGCAGCAAAUACUUGACCUUUUUCAAAUGUAGUUUUCUUGAUAUCUGCUUGUUUUUAGUCAAUUACAAAAACGACUUUUAAGAGAAGUACAACAUGUCUAAAGAUGACUUUUCAACAGUGCCUGCUCCCGAGCAUUCUCUCUACUUAGAAAAAUGUAAUAUUGACUGUAGGGCUUCCCUCAUGCCCCAUUUCAUCAAGGUGCUAGCAGCCUUGUGAGUGAGUGCUAGCUAGCUACCAACCAAAUGGAACAUUAAGCUAGCCAAGCCCAACAACACAAACAAACGGACUAUACAGCUAGUGAGUGGAGUUACAAAUAGACUAAAACAAGCUAAAUGUCUUACCUGUGAUGAAAAAUACAGGAAUGGAAGACCCAGAGUUACCUCUGCUGCAGAGGAUAAGUUCAUUAGAGUUACCAGCCUCAGAAAUUGCAGCCCAAAUAAAUGCUUCACAGUAACAGACACAUCUCAACAUCAACUGUUCAGAGGAGGCUGCGUGAAUCAGGCCUUCAUGGUCGAAUUGCUGCAAAGAAACCACUACUAAAGGACACCAAUAAGAAGAAGAGACCUACUUGGGCCAAGAAACACGAGCAAUGGACAUUAGACCGGUGGAAAUCUGUCCUUUUUGGUCUGAUGAGUCAAAAUUUGAGAUUUUUGGUUCCAACUGCUGUGUCUUUGUGAGACGCAGAGUAGGUGAACGGAUGAUCUCCACAUGUAUGGUUCCCACCGUGAAGCAUGGAGGAGGAGGUGUGAUGAUGUGGGGGUGCUUUGCUGGUGACACUGUCUGUGAUUUAUUUAGAAUUCAGGGCACACUUAACCAGCAUGGCAGCACAGUAUUCUGCAGCGAUACGCCAUCCCAUCUGGUUUGGGCUUAGUGGGACUAUAAUUUUUUUUUCAACAGGACAAUGACCCAACACACCUCCAAGCUGUGUAACGGCUAUUUUACCAAGAAGGAAAGUGAUGGAGUGCUGCAUCAGAUGACCUGGCCGCCACAAUCCCCCGACCUCAACCCAAUUGAGAUGGUUUGGGAUGAGUUGGACCGCAGAGUGAAGGAAAAGCAGCCAAUAGGAGCUCAGCAUAUGUGCUCAGCAUAUUUUGAUUUGUUUAACACUUUUUUUGGUUGCUACAUGGUUCCAUUUGUGUUUUUUCAUAGUUUUGAUGUCUUCACUAUUAUUCUACAAUGUAGAAAAUAGUAAAAAUAAAGAAAAACCGUUGAAUGAGUAGGUGUGUCCAAACUUUUGACUGGUACUGUAUAUGAUUACCAUCAAAUCAAAAUGUUAUAGAAAUGUUAAUGUCCAAAUACUAUUAAAGUCUAACAGUAAUAAUAUGUUCUAAUCAAAUUCACCCUCUUUCUCUUCCUCACAGGAGACUCUGGCCCGUGUGCCCAUCCCAACUCCAGGUUCUGUACUCCCGCGGUCCAGUGCCCCAUCAUCGACCCUCAGUGGGAGAGUGACGAGGGUGUGCCCAUCGAUGCAAUCAUCUUUGGGGGCAGGAGGCCAGAGGGUGAGUGCCCUCUACUGAUCCAAUUACUAAGAUACUGGUUUAGUAACUAAUCUAAGAUUAACACUAUAUUUUCAUUUUAGUCAUGUAGCAGGCUAGCAUCUAGUGUUGUAGGUAGUGUUAUAAAUUAUACAGUUUGGUUAAUGUAACUAGAACAAUACAAAUGAUUCCCUAUGACUGAUUUGAAAAUGUUCUGAAAUUCUUGUCCAAUGUGUCACUUUGGGACACUGUUACACUGUUGACCUGACCUCUGACCUCUAUGUUUCCCAGGAGUCCCUCUUGUGUACGAGUCGUUUAAUUGGCGUCACGGUGUGUUUGUGGGAGCCUCUAUGAGGUCUGAGGCCACAGCAGCUGCUGAGUACAAAGGUACAGUACCUCAUAAACCACAUUAAAGAGCUUGUCAUAUAAUUAAAUUAGUUAUAACAUAUUUACAUUUUAGUAAUUUAGCAGACGCUCUUAUCCAGAGCGACUUACAGUUAGUGAGUGCAUACAUUUUUCAUACUGGCCUCCCGUGGGAAUCGAACCCACAACCCUGGCGUUGCAAGCGCCAUGCUCUACCAACUGAGCUACAGGAGGGCCUAAUUAAAGUAGAUAUGAGCUGUCUAUAGAGUAGAAUAGAACAGUAAAAACAUCUCGAAAGUUAAUAUCACCUGAUAUGAUGGCAUACUGUUUUCCCUCAUUCCUCUCCAGUGAUAAUGAAUAAAACGAUGACCUUUUGAAUAAAAUCUAUUUUUUCUCUCCAGGCAAGGUCAUAAUGCAUGACCCCUUCGCCAUGCGCCCCUUCUUCGGCUACAACUUCGGGGACUACCUGGCCCACUGGCUGAGCAUGGAGACCCGCAAGGGCCCCACCCACCUGCCCAAGAUCUUCCAUGUCAACUGGUUCCGCAAGGACCCCACGUCGGGCUCCUUCCUCUGGCCGGGCUUUGGCGACAACGCCCGCGUUCUGGAGUGGAUCUUCAAGCGCUGCAGCCGCGAGAGGGAGGAUGAGGCGGCCAGGAAGAGCAUGGUGGGCUGGGUGCCACAGGAGGGAGCCAUCAACCUGCAGGGUCUGGGCAGCAAGGUGGACAUGGGUGCCCUCUUUGACCUGCCCAAGCCCUUCUGGGAGAAGGAGACCCAGGAGCUGAGGGCAUACUUUACCCAGCAGGUGGGAGCCGACCUCCCCCAACAGGUGGAGGGAGAACUGAAGGCUCUGGAGGACAGGGUCAGGAAUUGAGAGGUGGAGGGACCAGAUGAUUCAGAGAGAGAAGAGAGAAAGUAUGGACUAUUGGACACUACACUAUGCUGAUGCUGCAAUAUGGUGGGGAUGGGGAUAUGGUGGGACUGACAGAAAAGGGACUAACAAGCUAAUUGCAGUUUGGUGGAAACUGCUUUUCCUAUAUGUGGGUACAUGUAAACCAACGUUUCUAAAUUGUAAGAAAAUACAAUGAUAUGAUGCGACUGCAUCACUGACGAAUGCAGUUCGGCCGCCACUCACUGUCAGUGGCUAUAUGAGUAGAUAUUAGGUGAUAUUAGCAGAAUCAGUGUUUAGCAGUACCUUACUGACAUCUUGCAAUAAAGGCAUUGGAUGUUUACAAGCUAUAGCCCAAAGAAUCAUAUCUAAUCAUGACAAGCUUUAAUAUCCAUAUUAAUUUCAACAUUUCUUGCAGAAUGUUACCUCAAUAUCCUUUUAUUUGCUCACUAGUCCCUGGGAUUACUGAAUGGCCAUUGGCUACGAACAUGUGGAGGAAAUACAUCUGGUUGGCUCAAGGGGAAAGAUUAAUUAGCAUUUUUUCUCACUUUUGUAUUAAUAAAAAUGAUUAUAAUCUAAUGUUUACACACGAGAUAUGCAAACUGUUGGACCAAUAAAACAGAGAUUUAAUGGAAAUUGAACGUAAAGGUUUUUAUUACAGUGCAAUUAAUAAACAUCAAAUUCAGCCUCAAUUGUGUCUCUUGAUCAACACUCAACAUAAAAACUGACAACUCCCCAAAAUAUGUACAUUUAAAAUAUAUAUGUAAUGGAAUAUUUAAGAUGAAUAAAGUUCACAUUCAGGUUAGAGUGAUUAACAUAAUGUUUGCAAUAUUGAUAUAGUUUCCCUUUCUGUAACACAUGAUUUCCAGUAUUCUGUUUCUAACACUCGGGAUGAUGGUCACUAGAAUCAAUGCUGUAUGUUAUGGAUUAAACUCAUAACUGUUGAUAGUGCUCGACUCCAGACUGGAGGUCCAAGGACCGAGGACACACUGAUUAUUAUUGUAUUCUGUGAAACACUGAUUCUGUAGUAGCUGACAAAGCCACUGCCUUUUCUUUUGACUUCCUACAAGCCUCUCAGGCUGGUGUUGACAGAACAUUUGUUGGUCUGAUUAGUAUAUACAGUGCCUUGUAAAAGUAUUCAUCCCCCUUUGCGUUUUUCCUAUUUUGUUGCAUUACAACCUGUAAUUUAAAUGGGUUUUUAUUUGGAUUUCAUGUAAUGGACAUACACAAAAUAGUCCAAAUUGGUGAAGUGAAAUGAAAGAAAUAACUUGUUUCAAAAAAUUCUAAAAAAUAAGUAAUGGAAAAGUGGUGCGUGCAUAUGUAUUCAACCCCUUUGCUAUGAAGACCCUAAAUAAGAUCUGGUGCAACCAAUUACCUUCAGAAGUCACAUAAUUAGUUAGAUUGCACACAGGUGGACUUUAUUUAAGUGUCACAUGAUCUCAGUAUAUAUACACCUGUUCUGAAAGGCCCCAGAGGCUGCAACCACUAAGCAAGCGGCACCAUGAAGACCAAGGAGCUCUCCAAACAGGUCAGGGACAAAGUUGUGGAGAAGUACAGAUCAGGGUUGGGUUAUAAAAAAAAUAUCAGAAACUUUGAAAAUCCCACGAAGCACCAUUAAAUCCAUUAUAAGAAAAUGGAAAGAAUAUGGCACCACAACAAACCUGCCAAGAGAGGGCUGCCCACCAAAACUCACGGACCAGGCAAGGAGGGCAUUAAUCAGAGAGUCAACAAAGAGACCAAAGAUAACCCUGAAGGAGCAGCAAAGCUCCACAGCGGAGAUUGGAGUAUCUGUCCAUAGGACCACUUUAAGCCGUACACUCCACAGAGCUGGGCUUUACGGAAGAGUGGCCAGAAAAAAGCCAUUGCUUAAAGAAAAAAAUAAGCAAACACGUUUGGUGUUCGCCAAAAGCCAUGUGGGAGACCCCCCAAACAUAUGGAAGAAGGUACUCUGGUCAGAUGAGACUAAAAUUGAGCUUUUUGGCCAUCAAGGAAAACGCUUUGUCUGGCGCAAACCCAACACCUCUCAUCACCCCGAGAACACCAUCCCCACAGUGAAGUAUGGUGGUGGCAGCAUCAUGCUGUCUCCUGAGUGGCGCAGUGGUCUAAGGCACUGCAUCGCAGUGCUAACUGUGCCACUAGAGAUCCUGGUUCGAAUCCAGGCUCUGUCGCAGCCGGCCGUGACCGGGAGACUCAUGGGCGGCGCACAAUUGGCCUAGCGUCGUCCAGGGUAGGGGAGGGAAUGGCCGGCAGGGAUGUAGCUCAGUUGGUAGAGCAUGGCGUUUGCAACGCCAGGGUUGUAGGUUCGAUUCCCACGGGGGGCCAGUAUAAAAAAAUAUGUAUUCACUAACUGUAAGUCGCUCUGGAUAAGAGCGUCUGCUAAAAAAUGACAAAAAAAAAAUAAAAAAAUGCUGUGGGGAUGUUUUUCAUCGGCAGGGACUGGGAAACUGGUCAGAAUAUAAGGAAUGAUGGAUGGCGCUAAAUACAGGGAAAUUCUUGAGGGAAACCUGUUUCAGUCUUCCAGAGAUUUGAGACUGGGACGGAGGUUCACCUUCCAGCAGGACAAUGACCCUAAGCAUACUGCUAAAGCAACACUUGAGUGGUUUAAGGGGAAACAUUGAAAUGUAUUGGAAUGGCAUACUCAAAGCCCAGACCUCAAUCCAAUUGAGAAUCUGUGGUAUGACUUAAAGAUUGCUGUACACCAGCGGAACCCAUCCAACUUGAAGGAGCUGGAGCAGUUUUGCCUUGAUGAAUGAGCAAAAAUCCCAGUGGCUAGAUGUGCCAAGCUUAUAGAGACAAACCCCAAGAGACUUGCAGCUGUAAUUGCUGCCAAAGGUGGCUCUACAAAGUAUUGACUUUGGGGCGGGGGGAAUAGUUACGCACGCUCAAGUUUUCUGUUUUCUUGUCUUAUUUUUUGUUUGUUUUUCAAGAAAAAAUAUUUUGCAUCUUCAAAGUGGUAGGCAUGUUGUGUAAAUCAAAUGAUACAACCCCCCCAAAAAUCGAUUUUAAUUCCAGGUUGUAAGGCAACAAAAUAGGAAAAAUGCUAAGGGGGUUGAAUACUUUAUCAGUUAGACAUUUUCUCUGCUUCUAUGCUGGAUGUUGUCUCCCUGUUGCAACUUGUAUUAAUCCAGAUUGAUUUAUGAUUGACUUUAUCUGCGACUGCUCUUUUUUGUUCACCUGGUAAUUCCUAUUACAGAUAAUAUUGUUAUUCUGGUAACUGCACAAAAGAUGCAGAGAAACAGUGACUAGUAGAUGUUAACACCAUUCUGCUGUCAUGUUGACUUACUUCACCAACUUCCUGUCUUGUAUCAGCCAAAUAAUUGUGUCAUAUAUCCUCUGUCAUCAUUGACUUUAUAUGGCCUUAAACUACAUUUGAACUAUCAGGUGGCACGGCACUUUUAAACAGUUAAACAAUUUGCAUACAAGAAAAUUCUACAAAUAUGCAGACAAUUGAGGUUCACAAACUUAUGAAUACGAAAUCAAAAAUAACAAUAGACAGCAAAUUAACAAUACAUACUGUAUAUAUCCAAAAUACUUAAAAUGCACCUCUUUUAUUCACUUGUGCAUAAAGCCCAUCUAUGUCGUUAAGGUGUGGUUCCUGGGGCCCUCUCCUGGUCACAUUGACUUCAGCGUACUCACUCUCCUGCCCCUGGACCCUGUUCCUGUCCUGGGCUGCAGCUGGGGUCUCUUUGGGCCG